AUGUCGGACCUAGCAGUUGGCCAGACGGUGCGCCUGCCCGAUGGCCGGUCCGGUAUCGUGCGCUUUGUCGGCAACACGCACUUCGCCAGCGGCGAUUGGGUGGGCGUCGAGCUCGAGGAUGACAGCGGGAAAAACGAUGGCAGCGUCCAGGGCGAGCGGUAUUUCGACUGCUCCAUGGGGCAUGGCCCCCCGGCGGCAGCGAAGCCGGCUCGCAGGCCUAGUCGGCCGACCAGCUUCAAUCCAGGCACGGGACGGACUGCCAGCGAUGCGGGAUUGACCAAGAGAAUGAGCCUCAAUGCUCCGAGUCCAAGUCCGGGUCCUAAGGCGGCUCGACCGCCGAGUAUACUGAGGUGUUCAGUCACCGACCAAGUCACCAACAAAACAGCUCGGAUCAGCAACUUCGAGUACUGCGCCAUCACGAACUACGACGCCCUCGAACACUCGUACACCGGCCGUCGGGGCGAAGGCACGGCCAAGCGUUGGGGCAUCUCGCACAUCCAUGGGCCCUCCCGCAAUGCCCGCUUCCAGAACUACCCGGCAGCCCUCGACGUCUUCAGCACCGACAAGACCGACCCCAGGAAGACCCACGAGCGGUCGACUCUCAAUGACUGGGCGGGCGACGACCUCUGCCAGACGGCCGUCUGCGGAUUUGGGAGCUGGGAAGCAGGCAGCGGACAGUGGAGAUGA